GAAGAUGGCUGAAGCCAAUAUUUCAGUCGAUCAGGACCAGUUCAUCUGUGCUGUGUGUCUGGAUCUCCUGAAGGAUCCGGUGACUAUCCCCUGUGGUCACAGUUUCUGUAAGGUGUGUAUUAAUGGCUGCUGGAAUCAGGAGGAUCAUAAAGGCAUCUACAGCUGUCCUCAGUGCAAAGCCACUUUUACUACAAGGCCUGUUCUACGCAGCAACAAGAUGCUGGCUGAAGUGGUGGAGAAACUAAGGGAGACUGGAAUCUUCCCUCCUUUUCCACCUUCUGAAUUUGCAGAUGUGGAGUGUGACUAUUGUGAUAGGAUAAAGCAUGAAGCCAUCAAAUCCUGUCUGACGUGUCGGGCCUCUUUUUGUGAAAUUCAUCUUAAACCUCAUCUUGAAAGACAAACAUUUAAGACACACACAAUAAUCAAUGCCACAAAAAAUUUGCAAGAAAAGAUCUGCACCCAACACAACAAACCGAUGGAGAUCUAUUGCCGUACUGAUCAAACCUGCAUCUGUUUUUUGUGCACAAUGGACAGACACAAAGGUCAUGAUCUUGUCACAGCUGCAGCAGAAAGAGUUGAAAAACAGAGUAAGUUAAAGGAGGAACAGAUAAAAUCCCAGCAGAGAAUCCAGGAGAAGCAGAAGAAGGUGCAGGAGCUGAAACAGGCUGUGAACACCAUAAAGAUUAUAUUCCAGACAGCAGUGAAGGACAGUGAGAAGAUCUAUGCUGAGAUGAUCAGCACCAUCAAAAAACAGCGCUCAGAGGUGAUGGAGCUGAUCAGAGCUCGAGAGAAGGCUGAACUGAGUAAAGCUGAACAACUCCUGAAGCAACUGGAGCAGGAGAUAGAAGAUCUUCAGAGAAGUGACAUUGAAUUGAAGCAGCUUUUACAGACAAAUGAUGACGUCAGUUUCUUGAAGGUUUUAGCUUCCAGAAGUCGGCCUUCCACAGGAGGCACAACAAACACUCAGGCAUCCAGCAUCCCUGUUAAUCAGCAUCUUUCAUUUGAUGAAUUGAGAAAAUGUCUCUCUAAUGUAAAGAAGAGACUCGCGGAAUUCUGUGAGGGGGAAUUCAACAAAAUCCGUCUACACGUUGAAGAUGAACCAGAACUAACAAAGAGGGAAGAGUUUCUUAAAUAUUUCUGUUCUCUGACUCUGGAUCUUAACACGGCACAUAGUAACCUCAGUCUGUCUGAGAGGAAAAGAGCGGUGACAUACAGUAAAAAAGUGAAUUCGUACUCUGAUCAUCCAGAGCGAUUUGAUUACUGGCCUCAGGUGCUGUGUAAGGAAAGCAUUUCGGAACGCUGUUACUGGGAGGUGGAGUGGAGCAAAUGGGGAGGUAUGGACUUUGUAGUCUCUUAUAAAGACAUCAACAGGAAAGGAUGGGGUAAUGAAAGCGGGUUUGGCCGCAACAGCAAGUCCUGGAGUCUGGAGUUUUCUUCUCAUUCUUCUUCUGUCUCAUUAUAUCAUAACAGCAUUGAGACUGUUCUGGGACAUCCAAUAACAUCCAAAAUAGGAGUGUAUGUGGAUCACAGUGCAGGAACUCUGUCCUUCUACAACGUCUCUGACACGAUGAAGCUCCUCCACAGAGUCCACACCACAUUCACUCAGCCUCUGUACGCUGGGUUUGGGUUCUACAAAUCUGUUUUGCAUAAAACUGGACCAACUGUGAGGUUGUGCAAUCAAAAAUAACCAAUCCUGGGGCAGUGCAUUAAAUAUGAAAAAAUAAUUAAAAUUAAUCUAACACCAUUUUUUGAACUAUUGACUUCACUUCAUUGCAAUGUUGUAUAGAGUGAAUAAUUUUUUUUUAAGGUAACAUCAUGUUUAUAAAAAAAUGCUGUCAUGGAAUUAACACUGGUGAAUAUUGGUUAAUUUUAUAAUAUUACUGAUUUAAAAAAAAUAUAAAGUAUAACUGUAAUAAUGAAAGUAUUUAAUCAUUGGGCUCAAAUAAAGUACAUUAUUUCUUGAUUAUUAAUAAUAACAACAACGACAA